AUAUUAUUACUUCAAUGACUUUAGUAAUAUACUUAUAUCUGGAGUGACGUUGUUUGAGCUAACAGUGGUCAACAACUGGUUCAUAAUAAUGGAAGGAUUUGCUCAUCACACAGGAGAAGUGUCCCGAACAUUCUUCAUGACAUUCUACAUUGUUAUGAUGGUUGUCAUGACGAUAGUAUUAGCCUUCAUCCUGGAGUUGUUUUUGUUCCGUAUUCAGUACAGGAGGAAACUCAAACUGGAGGACAUAGAUGAUCAUGCCAAGCAGACAGAACACGUGUACAUCAGUGAUGAAGAAAAGAUGAUGUGUGAGAACCCGGACUACAAAUGGACCGUUCGAUACAUAGCUCUACAGAGAGAUUCAACUGAACUACAGACCCCUUACAUGUACAAGGGAGAAAGACACAGGAACAAAGAAGAUUUCAGUCUCAGGAUGUAUGGGGAUGAAGUCAAGAGUUGGUUGGAGGAGGAGCAGGAGAGUCGGGAGCAGACCAUUCACACAAUGACAGAACUCCGGAGGCGGAGUCGACCUAACGCUGACCUCGAGGACCUGGACGAGGACGUCAUUCCCAGCUCCUCCUUCUCCAUCCCUGUAGCUGACAAUGUCCAAGAGGCGGGGCUACUGACCUAAAGGGGC